AUGCCUGCGAUACGACACGCGUCGAAGCGGAAGCCUCCGCCCGAGGGCUUCAGCGACAUCGAGGACGACCUGCUUAUUUUCGCAAACAAGAUGAAGGAUGCGCAGAACAAGCCACCUCCGCCGGGCCCGAGACACCAAGCCCAGUGGGAGGUUUUCCAGAUUUCUCACCAAAGGAGUCGCUACAUCUACGACUUGUACUACGAGAAAGAGGCCAUCAGCAAGCAGCUUUACGAUUGGUUGCUCAAGAACGGUUAUGCAGACGCGAUGCUCAUAGCGAAAUGGAAGAAGCAAGGAUACGAAAAGCUUUGCUGCCUCCGAUGUGUCCAGACCAAGGAAACCAACUUCAACAGCACAUGCAUCUGCCGCGUCCCGAGAGCACAGAUGAAGGAAGACAAGGACUUGCAGUGUGUCAGCUGCGGUUGCAGAGGCUGCGCCUCGAGCGACUAG